UGUAUACUUUCGGUGACAGUGUUAUGGGUUCGAUGGGUUCCGCACGCCAACAAACUCCGAAUUUCGGAGUCCGAAAUACCUGUUGGGUGGCAUGGGAGUAAAAACAGCAAAAAAUAUCGAAGUUUGUUGACAUGCGGAACCCACCGACAGUUAUAGUAAGUACUAAUUGACACUAGCGCUGCCCGACCAUGCGGCGUUACAAAACGACCUACGUUCUACGUAACUUAACUGCUGUCAGCAUUUGCGGAAUACACAAAACCAAAUGUCAUUCACGCCGUACUUACAUUUGAACAGACAACAUGUCAUUCCUAUACUUUGCCUAUGGUAGCAACAUGCUAACAAAAAGAAUUCACAUCAACAAUCCAACAGCCGUGCAAAGAUACAUAGGUAAACUCAAGGACUACAGGCUGGAUUUUAACAUGUUUGCUAAAAGAUGGCACGGUGCGGCAGCAACGAUUGUUCCCCAACAGGGUUCUGAAGUUUGGGGUGUAGUUUGGGAAAUCAACAUGAGCAAUUUGCCUGAUUUGGAUAAUCAAGAGGGAGUGAGCAGCAACGUUUACUGUCCCAAAAUUGUAAAGAUCGACACUACAGGAGGAAAAAGCUUGGAAUGCAGAGUUUAUCAGCAGUGCCAGUUACCAGAUAAAUAUGUCGAGCCGAGCCUUUUGCCCCCUAAUAGGCAACCUUCUUUGAUUUAUUUAAAUACAAUGAUCAAAGGUGCCAAAGAGUUUAACAUUCCAAACGAUUACAUAAAAUUCCUUGAAACUUUUCUUCAUAAUGGAUACAAUGGUGAAGUAGAGGUUGUCGGUAUUCGAUGAAAAAAAAAAUUGAAAGCCUUGGGCUAAUGAAUAUUGACUUUGGUUAAAGUUUUAAAAUUAAUAAUUCUAACAGUUGACUACUUAAUUCCAGUUGCAGUAAAUCAAAAAGGAUGAAUAAAAAUUUUUAAUUUC